UGGAGACAGUUACAAGGAACAAGAUUUGCUCUCGGAUUUGAAAAGAAAAAGGGACCUUCUGUACCGAAUUUAUUUUUGGUACAAAAUGCCUCCGACUCUCUUCCAGAAACUUUUCAACAAGAAAAAUGCGUUUUCGUCGCCACCCCCGAGAUGUAACAAAGAUGACCCAGCUUUCAGCUGGCCAAUCCCCCAGCUGGAUCCCAGUCAGAUCCGACUGAUAGUGUACCAGGACUGUGAGAGGCGUGGCAGAAAUGUCCUCUUCGACUCCAAUGCCAAAAAGAGGGGCACGGAGGAAACCCCCAUCACCACCACUGAGGGCCAGGUGAAGAUGUUCGGGAAAUGCUGCCAGCUCCGUCCUACAGGAGGCAGCAGCAGUUCCCUGGACAGCUCGUCCUCCUGCACCUCUGAAACCAAGGAAACUAAGGAGCAGGGCAUCCGCUUCCAGGGUUCGAGGUGUUCGUCCGAUGUGGUAAUGCUGGGGGAGAUGAUGUUUGGCUCUGUGGCUAUGAGCUACAAAGGUUCCACGCUAAAAAUCCACCAGAUAAGAUCGCCACCUCAGCUGAUGCUGAGCAAGGUCUUCACUGCCAGGACGGGAGGCAGCGUGUACGGCAGCCUCAACACGUUGCAGGACAGCCUAGAGUUCAUUGGACAGGACGGCAACACCCUAAGGCCUGAUCAAAACACAGCACCCAACAGUCUCCUAGGGAACAUAGGAUUUACUCAGCUCUGCAGCCCGCGAAGGGCCUUCUCUGAACAGGGUCCUCUGCGCCUCAUCAAGAGCGCAUCUUUCUUUUCAGGCCACAGUCACCCAAUGGACAUGCCUGGCCGAGGGCUUCACGACGAGAGGGACAGCGGCAUCGCCAGGUCAGCUUCCCUGAGCAGCCUGUUGAUCACUCCCUUCCCGUCUCCCGGCUCCUCCCUAACCAGCAGCUGUGCGUCCAGUUACCAGCGCCGAUGGCUCCGCAGCCAAACCACCAGCCUGGAAAACGGCGUCUUCCCCCGAUGGUCAGUCGAGGAGAGCUUCAACAUGUCUGACGAAAGCGGCGGACCAAACCUUGGCGUGGCUCGGAAGAAGAAGAUUGCCAUCGGGGUCAUCUUCAUGCUGUCCCCCAACACAGAGGAGAACAACCGCUUCCAGGAUUUCUUUUUCUCCCACUUCCCUCUCUUUGAAAGCCACAUGAACAAACUCAAGAGCGCCAUCGAACAGGCCAUGAAGAUGAGUCGGCGGUCAGCUGAUGCCAGCCAGAGGGCCUUGGCUUACAACCGAAUGGUGGACGGACUCAACGAGUUUAGGAUGACCAUCUGUGACCUUUACACCAUGCCCCGGGUGGCUGAGCCCGUCUGGUUGACUAUGAUGUCUGGAGCAUCGGAGAAGAAUCAGCUCUGCGGUCACUUCAUGAGGGAGCUCUCCCUGCUGAUGGAGCAGGCCUCCAAAAACCAAUUCCUCCCUGCGUUAUUGACAGCCAUCCUGACCAAUCAUCUGGCCUGGGUGCCCACCGUCAUGCCCAAUGGGCAGCCUCCAAUCAAGAUCUUCCUCGAGAAACACUCCUCCAAGAGCGUCGACAUGCUGGCAAAGACGCACCCUUACAACCCGCUCUGGGCACAACUAGGAGACCUGUACGGAUCCAUUGGGUCACCGGUGCGUCUGUCGAGGACAGUGGUGGUGGGCCGCAGACAGGAGCUGGUUCAGAGGCUCCUCUAUGUUCUCACCUACUUUAUCCGCUGCUCCGAGCUGCUGGAGACCCACAUGCUGGACAGCGCUGAGGAUGAGGCCAUUGUCAUUCCGGGCUCCCUCAUCACCACCUCCCUAAGGAAAGGAGAGGUGGAGGAGUCGGACUAUGUCUUGGUUACCGUCCAUAAACCCAGCGGGGACUACUUGUCCCAAGGGAGCCAUGGCCAGCAGACUGAAGCAGAGGACAGCAGCUACCCUUCAGACAACAGCCUCCAGAGCAGCACAUACACAGACACAGAGGUGGAACAUGGCGCCGGAGACACACCCAAAGAAGAAGAUGAAGAUGAGGAGGAGGAAGAUGAGGAGGAAGAGGAGGAGGACAGCAGUGAGAGUCAAGGGUCUAGGAGCAGUGUUCUUCAGACGACACACAGCCAGGGAGACGGCCCUGUUAUCAGGACUACAGAAGCAGCUGAACCCGGGGAGCUGCGCAGGGAGUCUGGCAGCCCGCUGAUCACUGAGGCCCGACUGGAGACGGUGCUGCGCGUUGGCUCGGCAUCGCCCAGGGAGCAGGUCUGUGUGCUAGAUACAGAGACCAAGGGAGACCUGAAACUUAUUGUCCCAUCCACACCCACAACGCUUGCAUCAAGUCCGUCACCAACUCCUGUCAGCAUAGAGUGUAAAAACUCUGGGGCAGAGGCUGGGAUGGAUGCAGGCAUGGGGAGCCAGCCCACCAGAGGGCUGGCUCCUUGGCCAUUGGGGAUCCCUCUAGAGAAGAAGCCCCCAGAUAAAAACCUGACUGCUGCAGUACCAGUACCAGUGAUACCGGGAAACACUGUGACGGGGCCCAUGUCUUUGAUUCUAACAGAAGAAGACGAGCCGGCAACAAAAGUGACUUUCCUCAUUGGAGACUCCAUGUCUCCUGAGUCGGACACAGAGAGCCGCAGAAGGAAGGUGGAGGAGGAAAUGAAGAAGCACAAGAAACACAAACAUCUGUUUCAGCAGCAGCUGAUGCUGAUGCAGCAGCAUCACGGGCAACAUUAUCAACCGCAACAGGUGCAGAGAGGAGCAGAUUCAGAGACCAGCCACAGCAGUGCAUCAGAGGACCAAAUCAAACAGACCAAGGUGGCUCCGGCCCUGCAGCGGGUGUCCAGUAAGAUUCCCCAGUGGAGCCCAAACUGUCUGGACGAUUUUGAUGAGUAUUUCAGCGUGGAUAACCCUGUGGAGACGAGAACUAUAGACGAUGUGGCUAAACGACAGGAGGCCAGCAGCACAGACAGUAUGCACAAAGACUUGUUGGACCCCUCGGGAGUACCCACACCUGGUGAGCUGGGGGGUCAGGGUUUGGGUCUGUGUUUAGGUUCAGGUAAUGUAGAGGUAGAAUCUAGCAAGAAGGGAGACACUUUGCUGGUCCAGAGGAGGUGCAGGUGUAGCUCUACAGAUUCCUCUGACACCUGCUGCUGCUGCAGGGGAUGUUCUGCUGAGCAGGACAAGGGUCUUCUGUUGUCAGUCCCCAUCCCACAGGAUGGAAGCAGCAACAGCAAGGAGGACCAAAAGAGUAAGACGAUGCCCCUCAAUGACUGGGAGAUCCCACGCAACGAGAGCUCAGACAGCGCUCUGGGGGACAGUGAGAGCGAGGAGACCGAGGACUGGCAGGAGGAAGUGCUGGUGCCCUUCCCAGGGUCAAAGUUGGUGGAGAACUACUCUAAGCCAAGCAUUGCCAAUUUUGGCCGCUCUUUGUUUGGAGGCUACUGCCCCACCUACGUGCCAGACUUUGUACUGCAUGGGUUGCCCAGCGACGAGAAGCUACGGCAGUGCCUCAUGGCUGAAUUAACCCAUGCUGUUCAGCAUCCAGUAUUGGAUGAGCCCAUAGCGGAGGCCGUCUGCAUUAUAGCAGACACAGACAAGUGGACAGUGCAGGUGGCCAGUAGUCAGAGACGAGCCACCGACGUCAACAAGCUGGGGAAGGAAGUCCUGGUGUCCAACCUGGUUUCAAACCUAUUGCAGUCCACUCACCAGCUCUACAAACUCAACCUCUCACCCAACUUUUGUAUAAUGCACCUUGAGGACCGCCUGCAGGAAAUCUACUUCAAGAGUAAGAUGCUUGCUGAGUAUUUGAAGGGUCAGACAAGAGUCCAUGUGAAAGAAUUGGGCAUGGUCUUAGGAAUCGAGUCCAGCGAUCUUCCCCUGUUGGCUGCCGUGGCCAGCACUCACUCCCCCUAUGUGGCUCAGAUCCUACUAUGAGACUGUAAUGGCACUGAGGUCCCAAGCAGUGAGCUGCCCGAGGAAGCCUGUCAGACCUGGGUGGUGCCACUUUGGCCCCAAAAAACAGCCAUCCAUGCUUUGCAGCUGACCCCCGACAUGGCUUCCUGACCUGCGUGCCUGGCCUAAAUGGGAUCUUUGCUCUGAGCCUGAGCAGCACACGUCUUUACGGAUCACAGCCAGCGCCUCCCCCUCACCACCGCCGCUGCUGAAUGUGGUGCAAUGCAGAUGUUGCACCACAGGGGGGAGCUAGAAUCCCACAGAUGGAGUGAGGCUCUGUGCAUGACUGAUCCCUGAUUCUCCAGUUGUUUUGAAUGUUUCUUUUUAAAGCAGGACUCUUUUAAUUUUGGACACAAAAGCCAAAGACUUUCUAAAUGUUUCCAGUUGAGAAUGAAACUUUAAGGAUUUCUACAGUAUAAUAACAAUGGAUUUUUACGGCUUUUUUCUUCCCUUCCUUUGUACAAUCUUAAACCCAGUCGUACGAAGUGACGGACUUCAAGUUUAAAGGAAACGGAUGGACUAUUUUAAACAUUACUUUUGAGGUAAAUAUCAUUGAGGAAAUUAUCAAUCUCAUGCCAAUUAUGUUAUUUCAUUUAUCUUGAUGUAUUUGUGUACAAGCCACAUUUCCCUGAGAUAUCUCAAUGACACAUUUUUAUUUUCUUGUCAAAUCGCAACGCACACCUGACUUAAAAGCCUAUUUUCUGGCCGCGUGUGGGUAAUCGAUGCACACCGUGAUUUUUGGUUCGACAAACUAGUUUUGAAAUGGCUUAAAGUGGCUUUGACAUUCUUAUCAUAGGUACAGCACUACCUCAGAUCUUCAUAUGGGCCGUGGAUGACACGCAUUUACAGUUGCCCCAUAGAAAACCCUGAGGUGUACUUUUUAAGCUAUUUUAAUCAGAGGAAUGUCAGCGUCGACUGCAUGCAGACCCUAUGCUGUGUUCUUUGAGAAAAAGGGAAGAUGGUUCAAUUCCUUAGGAUGAUCGUUACACACAUAUUUUUGCUUCAGAAUGUGUUUAAGGGAGGAGAAGGGUCCCUUUCUACUGUGGAAAAGCUAAAACGCGCAUCAUCUACAUAUAUUUUAAAAACCAAAAUGCUGAAAUAUUUUCACACUUUUAUAGCUUCGCCACCUUUUUACGAUGUUUACGGCUUCGAUGUUUGAGAGAGAGGAGUAUAGGAACACGGGAGGCCUUACAAAGGAUUCAAAUAUGUAUCGGUUAACACUAUUUUCAUGUUUCUACGACGGUUUUACUCACAAAAAAUGCGCAACAUACAAAACUAUAGUAGCACUCUCUUUUUAGUAUUACUUUAGAUUUUCCAUGACAUUGACAAAUGGUUUUGGUUGUUCUGCUACAUAGCCAGGGUGCGAUUUUGGGAGGUUGCUUUCACAUCUUCUGUGUUUUGGAUUCUCUCCUGGGCAUAAAGUGUAAUCUGCAGUGGGGCCAAUAGGACAUAUUUCCUUGUUAGUACUUUUUUGUCAUCGGUUGACUGCAUUGGAAAUGAAUCUAUAUUUUUGUUAUGUCUUUUUUUGAUUUCAGAUUAAAAAAAAAAAAAGGGUGAGUUUUAAAUUCCCCAAUAAUAUAUAAUAUAGGUAAACGGUCGGAAGCAAAGAAGAACUACUGAGUUUCAAAUGUAUAUGCUCGACGUGUGUUGACAGGUAGCGGGAGAAAGCUUAAUUUAGCCAUUAAUCUCAGUAAAACCUUUUCUAGAAAGUAACUUUCUCCAAAUUUCUAAAUAUCUUGCUAAAAGACCGAAGUGCGUCUCAGGCUUGAGCUUGUUGCUGGGCUUUAGGUACACAGCAUGUUGCUCUGUACGCUGAGAAUGGCUUGUAUUGUUAGAAAAAUCAGGAAUAACUGUAACCCUGAGAACAGUUUGUUUCUCUCUCUAAACUCGAAUCGCACCCUGUACGUGACCCAAGUCUUAAUGGAGAUGUGGCAUGAAUGCAUCGCAGGUUUCUAGAAAGCUCAUUUUGCUGGUAAAAUUGAUAUAGACAUGCUUGUUGCAUUGAAGAUGCUCCGCUGUAUCAGCCUACAUUUUGUACAACCCAGCCAUUAUGUUUAAAAGGUAUGAAUUUAUAUAUUUUUUUCCUUCUUUGUAUAUGAAUAAAUUAUUUAGUUGCCCAUGGUAUGUGUAACGGUUCAUGUAAACUGUACAUAUUCUGUUUAUUUCCAUGUAUUUGUACAGAAUAUCUUUUAAGAAUCGUCUCCUCAAAUGAUUUUUUUCCCAAUUUUAUGGGAAUGUUGUGCAAUAAAGAUGCCGAUGUUAAGAAUUUA